GCAGGAACCACAGGUGCGUGUUGCGUGAUACCCUUCAGACAAUUACCCCGCUGGUUUUAUAAGGUGUUGCAGUCCAGAGACCCCGCUAUCCAACUUGCCUCACCCGCUAAGUACAGUGCACGACAGCCUGCCAUGUCGUCCGCCAACAACGAAACCUCUCGCGGUCUCCAUGCACCACCCGUUACAAAAGAGGUUCUGCAGCAGACAGCGUCCCUUCUUGGAGUGCAGGUUCCCGACAGAUGGGAGGAGGACUUCACCAUCAUGCUAGGGACUACGCGGGAAGCCAUGGAAAAGAUUUUGGAUAUGGAAGACUUCGUCAUACAACCAGACCUGAAACGCUUCCCACGUAAGGACGUCUCUCGCCCCGGUCUCGAGGAGAAUUCCUUCAACGCAUGGGCUACGAAAGCAAUUGUUGAGAAUGCGAACGAGGACGAGCGUUCCCAUGGUCUCCUCGCAGGCAAGAAGGUCGUCUUGAAGGACAAUAUCUGUCUGGCUGGCGUCCCGUGCGAGUUUGGCACAAAGGUCUUCGAGGACUGGAUACCCCGCACAGACGCAACUGUAGUCACGCGUACACUCGAAGCUGGCGGAACGAUUAUAGGGAAAGCGACAUGCGAGAACUUUUGCUCUUACGGUGUAUCGAAUACUGCAGCCACAGGACCUGUGGGCAACGUCUACGAUAAGACUCGUUCUGCAGGCGGCUCUUCUUCGGGCUGCGGGGUCCUUGUUGCCCUGGGCGAGGCUGACAUGGGCAUUGGAGGUGAUCAAGGAGGCUCUAUCCGCAUUCCUGCAUCGCACCUCGGUAUUGUCGGACUCAAACCCACUUUCGGCCUCGUCCCUUACACAGGCAUCAUCUCGAGCGAAACGGCAGUCGACCACACCGGCCCGAUGUCGCGUGAUGUCAUGUCCAACGCGCUCCUUCUACAGGUUCUCGCUGGUGUCGACGGGCUUGAUGACCGUCAGCUCGCUGGAACGCCCUUGCCCGACCAGGUUCCGAACUACACCGCGCUCCUGUCCUCAGCGAAGUCCGCCCGGGCCUUGCUCUCGGUCGGGGAGAGAAAGUCAGCAGAUUCUGCGCCGGGUGCAACGCGUCCGUUGCGCAUCGGUGUGCUCAAAGAAGGAGAGAACUUCGGAGUUAUGGAUCCUCGCGUUGCUGCCUGUGUACGGGCGGCGGUGGAGAAGUUUAAGGAACUCGGUGCGGAGGUGGUCGACUUAAGCGUGCCUGGACACACAAAUGUACCUGUGUUUGGACGUGUCCAAAGAAUUGCGUCUAAUUCACUACUAGGUCGGCACAGCGGCACCCGGCAAAUGCACCUCACGGAUCUAAACGAGAGGCUGCUCCCUUGGACACAGGGAAAAUUUGAGAAACUAUGGUUCAUCGCAGCUCACUACAUGGUAUCAGGCAUGUACGCCGAGCAGAACUACCCUCAACUUCAUGGCAAAGUGCAUAACUUGAUCCGCAAGCUGAAGCUCGAUUAUGAUGCCGUUCUCGAGGGCGUAGAUCUCAUGGUCAUGCCCACUCUACCAUGGGUCGCUAAAAAGCUGAUGCCGCCGGAUGCAUCCCCACUUGCUCAACUGAAAGACUACGACGGCUUAACAUCCAAUACAAUGGCGUUUAACUUGACAGGACAUCCAGCCCUAUCCGUUCCUUGCGGUAUGCUGACUCCGCCAGAGGGCCCGGAGGACCUUCGCCUGCCUGUUGGGAUGCAAUUGAUUGGAAAGUAUCACGAUGAGCUCACACUGUACAAAGCUGCGCUGGCUUGGAGCGAUGCUUUUAAUUGGAAGGAGCUAUGAAGAUAGUAGCCAUGCAGUAUUACAAGUCGGUAGAGCGGAAUAUGAUUGCCUGCAUAUGUCACCUCGCGAAUGUGGAGGAGGUCAGUCUGGACUCGACCAACGCGGGGAUCACAAGUCCAUAUAUUUCGAGAUAUUCGGCCGAUUUAAUAUGUAUAAGGCUUUAUAUAGC